CACUGGCCCGGUUGGACUCCUCAAUAGACGGCAUGCUGCGGCUGCUGACAUCCAGGUGUGGCCGGGGCCCAGGGUCCAGGGUGGUCACGUGGCGUCCCUCUGUGGGGCUCUUCUGUCCUGGGCGCCCCGGGAUCCGGCAGGGCUCAGAUGCCUCAGACGCCCCGAGUCAGCCGAUUCCCAGCUCUGAGUCACUGCUGCAGCCGGUGGGCGUCUGCUCCAUGAUGCGCCUGCCCCUGCAGUCCUCCGCCGAGGGGCUGGACGCUGCCUUCAUCGGUGUGCCUCUGGACACUGGGACUUCCAACCGGCCCGGGGCGAGAUUUGGACCCCGUCGCAUCCGGGAGGAAUCGGUGGUGCUGGGGGCUGUCAAUCCCAGCACGGGAGCCCUCCCCUUCCAGUCCCUCAGGGUUGCAGACCUAGGCAACGUGAACGUCAAUCUUUACAACCUCCGGGACAGCUGCCGGCUAAUUCGAGAGGCCUAUCAGAAUAUCGUAGCAACUGGCUGCAUUCCUCUGACCUUGGGCGGAGACCACACAAUCACAUAUCCCAUACUGCAAGCAGUGGCAAAGGAGUAUGGCCCCGUGGGUCUAGUCCACGUGGGUGCCCACACCAACACAACUGACAGAGCUCUGGAGGAGAAGGUCUACCAUCGCACACCUUUCCGCCGGAGUGUGGAGGAGGGACUGCUGGACUGUAAGCGAGUCUCGCAGAUCGGCAUCCGGGGCUCUGCCAGGACCUUGGAUCCCUACAGAUACAGUCGGAGCCAGGGCUUCCGUGUGGUCCUGGCCGAAGACUGUUGGAUGAAGUCACUGGUGCCCCUGAUGGCAGAGAUCAGGCAGCAGAUGGGAGGCAAGCCUCUUUAUAUCAGCUUUGGCAUAGAUGCCUUGGAUCCUGCCUAUGCCCCGGGAACAGGGACACCAGAAAUCGCUGGGCUUACCCCUAGUCAGGCUCUGGAGAUCAUCCGGGGCUGUCAAGGCCUGAAUGUGGUGGGCUGUGACCUUGUGGAGGUUUCCCCGCCAUAUGACCUCUCCGGCAACACAGCCCUCCUAGCAGCUAACCUGCUGUUUGAGAUGCUGUGUGCUCUCCCCAAAGUCACAACUGCCUGAAUCUGUGUUCUUGAGGACAAAACAGACAGUGUCAUGAGGAAGCCUCAAGGACUUGUGAGCAAGCAAUGCAAGGACCAAAGAAAGCUUUCUGAGAAAUGUCACUUCUGGCUGCAAGUAAGGACAACUCAGAAUGUUACCCAAACAGCUCCUGCCUCUUUCCUAACAUUAAAACAUUUAUUUAAUUUGG